AUGGUGGGACGUGCAUGGUGGGACGUGCAUGGUGGGACGUGCAUGGUGGGACGUGCAUGGUGGGACGUGCAUGGUGGGACGUGCAUGGUGGUUACUGGAGGUGCGUCAAGGGGUGACGGAAGGAGAGGGGGGGGAGGGUGGGGAGAGAGGCGGGACGACAGGAUAAGCACCAUCCUCACGCCACCACGCAUCGUGUCCAUCUCACCAACUGCACCCCGUUUCUUUCUCGCUCCUCACAUUCGCUCCUCUCAUGCGCUCCUCUCAUUCGCUCCUCUCAUGCGCUCCUCUCAUUCGCUCCUCUCAUGCGCUCCUCUCAUUCGCUCCUCUCAUGCGCUCCUCUCAUUCGCUCCUCUCAUGCGCUCCUCUCAUUCGCUCCUCUCAUGCGCUCCUCUCAUUCGCUCCUCUCAUGCGCUCCUCUCAUUCGCUCCUCUCAUGCGCUCCUCUCAUUCGCUCCUCUCAUGCGCUCGUCACAUUCGCUCCUCUCAUGCGCUCCUCUCAUUCGCUCCUCUCAUGCGCUCCUCUCAUUCGCUCCUCUCAUUCGCUCCUCUCAUUCGCUCCUCUCAUGCGCUCCUCUCAUUCGCUCCUCUCAUUCGCUCCUCUCAUUCGCUCCUCUCAUGCGCUCCUCUCAUUCGCUCCUCUCAUGCGCUCCUCUCAUUCGCUCCUCUCAUUCGCUCCUCUCAUGCGCUCCUCUCAUUCGCUCCUCUCAUGCGCUCCUCUCAUUCGCUCCUCUCAUGCGCUCCUCUCAUUCGCUCCUCUCAUUCACUCCUCUCAUUCGCUCCUCUCAUGCGCUCCUCUCAUUCGCUCCUCUCAUGCGCUCAUCUCAUUCGCUCCUCUCAUGCGCUCCUCUCAUUCGCUCCUCUCAUGCGCUCCUCUCAUUCGCUCCUCUCAUGCGCUCCUCUCAUUCGCUCCUCUCAUGCGCUCCUCUCAUUCGCUCCUCUCAUGCGCUCCUCUCAUUCGCUCCUCUCAUGCGCUCCUCUCAUUCGCUCCUCUCAUGCGCUCCUCUCAUUCGCUCCUCUCAUUCGCUCCUCUCAUUCGCUCCUCUCAUUCGCUCCUCUCAUGCGCUCCUCUCAUUCGCUCCUCUCAUGCGCUCCUCUCAUUCGCUCCUCUCAUGCGCUCCUCUCAUUCGCUCCUCUCAUUCGCUCCUCUCAUUCGCUCCUCUCAUUCGCUCCUCUCAUGCGCUCCUCUCAUUCGCUCCUCUCGUUCGCUCCUCUCAUUCGCUCCUCUCAUUCGCUCCUCUCAUUCGCUCCUCUCAUUCGCUCCUCUCAUGCGCUCCUCUCAUUCGCUCCUCUCAUUCGCUCCUCUCAUUCGCUCCUCUCAUGCGCUCCUCUCAUUCGCUCCUCUCAUGCGCUCCUCUCAUUCGCUCCUCUGAUUCGCUCCUCUCAUGCGCUCCUCUCAUUCGCUCCUCUCAUGCGCUCCUCUCAUUCGCUCCUCCCAUGCGCUCCUCUCAUUCGCUCCUCUCAUGCGCUCGUCACAUUCGCUCCUCUCAUGCGCUCCUCUCAUUCGCUCCUCUCAUGCGCUCCUCUCAUUCGCUCCUCUCAUGCGCUCCUCUCAUUCGCUCCUCUCAUGCGCUCCUCUCAUUCGCUCCUCUCAUGCGCUCCUCUCAUUCGCUCCUCUCAUGCGCUCCUCUCAUUCGCUCCUCUCAUGCGCUCCUCUCAUUCGCUCCUCUCAUGCGCUCCUCUCAUUCGCUCCUCUCAUGCGCUCCUCUCAUUCGCUCCUCUCAUUCGCUCCUCUCAUUCGCUCCUCUCAUGCGCUCCUCUCAUUCGCUCCUCUCAUGCGCUCCUCUCAUUCGCUCCUCUCAUGCGCUCCUCUCAUUCGCUCCUCUCAUUCGCUCCUCUCAUUCGCUCCUCUCAUGCGCUCCUCUCAUUCGCUCCUCUCAUUCGCUCCUCUCAUUCGCUCCUCUCAUGCGCUCCUCUCAUUCGCUCCUCUCAUGCGCUCCUCUCAUUCGCUCCUCUCAUUCGCUCCUCUCAUUCGCUCCUCUCAUGCGCUCCUCUCAUUCGCUCCUCUCAUGCGCUCCUCUCAUUCGCUCCUCUCAUGCGCUCCUCUCAUUCGCUCCUCUCAUUCACUCCUCUCAUUCGCUCCUCUCAUGCGCUCCUCUCAUUCGCUCCUCUCAUGCGCUCAUCUCAUUCGCUCCUCUCAUGCGCUCCUCUCAUUCGCUCCUCUCAUGCGCUCCUCUCAUUCGCUCCUCUCAUGCGCUCCUCUCAUUCGCUCCUCUCAUGCGCUCCUCUCAUUCGCUCCUCUCAUGCGCUCCUCUCAUUCGCUCCUCUCAUGCGCUCCUCUCAUUCGCUCCUCUCAUGCGCUCCUCUCAUUCGCUCCUCUCAUUCGCUCCUCUCAUUCGCUCCUCUCAUUCGCUCCUCUCAUGCGCUCCUCUCAUUCGCUCCUCUCAUGCGCUCCUCUCAUUCGCUCCUCUCAUGCGCUCCUCUCAUUCGCUCCUCUCAUUCGCUCCUCUCAUUCGCUCCUCUCAUUCGCUCCUCUCAUGCGCUCCUCUCAUUCGCUCCUCUCAUUCGCUCCUCUCAUUCGCUCCUCUCAUUCGCUCCUCUCAUUCGCUCCUCUCAUGCGCUCCUCUCAUUCGCUCCUCUCAUUCGCUCCUCUCAUUCGCUCCUCUCAUGCGCUCCUCUCAUUCGCUCCUCUCAUGCGCUCCUCUCAUUCGCUCCUCUGAUUCGCUCCUCUCAUGCGCUCCUCUCAUUCGCUCCUCUCAUGCGCUCCUCUCAUUUGCUCCUCCCAUGCGCUCCUCUCAUUCGCUCCUCUCAUGCGCUCGUCACAUUCGCUCCUCUCAUGCGCUCCUCUCAUUCGCUCCUCUCAUGCGCUCCUCUCAUUCGCUCCUCUCAUGCGCUCCUCUCAUUCGCUCCUCUCAUGCGCUCCUCUCAUUCGCUCCUCUCAUGCGCUCCUCUCAUUCGCUCCUCUCAUGCGCUCCUCUCAUUCGCUCCUCUCAUGCGCUCCUCUCAUUCGCUCCUCUCAUGCGCUCCUCUCAUUCGCUCCUCUCAUGCGCUCCUCUCAUUCGCUCCUCUCAUUCGCUCCUCUCAUUCGCUCCUCUCAUGCGCUCCUCUCAUUCGCUCCUCUCAUGCGCUCCUCUCAUUCGCUCCUCUCAUGCGCUCCUCUCAUUCGCUCCUCUCAUUCGCUCCUCUCAUUCGCUCCUCUCAUGCGCUCCUCUCAUUCGCUCCUCUCAUGCGCUCCUCUCAUUCGCUCCUCUCAUGCGCUCCUCUCAUUCGCUCCUCUCAUUCGCUCCUCUCAUUCGCUCCUCUCAUUCGCUCCUCUCAUUCGCUCCUCUCAUUCGCUCCUCUCAUGCGCUCCUCUCAUUCGCUCCUCUCAUGCGCUCCUCUCAUUCGCUCCUCUCAUGCGCUCCUCUCAUUCGCUCCUCUCAUUCGCUCCUCUCAUUCGCUCCUCUCAUUCGCUCCUCUCAUGCGCUCCUCUCAUUCGCUCCUCUCAUUCGCUCCUCUCAUUCGCUCCUCUCAUUCGCUCCUCUCAUUCGCUCCUCUCAUUCGCUCCUCUCAUUCGCUCCUCUCAUUCGCUCCUCUCAUGCGCUCCUCUCAUUCGCUCCUCUCAUUCGCUCCUCUCAUUCGCUCCUCUCAUGCGCUCCUCUCAUUCGCUCCUCUCAUGCGCUCCUCUCAUUCGCUCCUCUCAUUCGCUCCUCUCAUUCGCUCCUCUCAUGCGCUCCUCUCAUUCGCUCCUCUCAUGCGCUCCUCUCAUUCGCUCCUCUCAUGCGCUCCUCUCAUUCGCUCCUCUCAUGCGCUCGUCACAUUCGCUCCUCUCAUGCGCUCCUCUCAUUCGCUCCUCUCAUGCGCUCCUCUCAUUCGCUCCUCUCAUGCGCUCCUCUCAUUCGCUCCUCUCAUGCGCUCCUCUCAUUCGCUCCUCUCAUGCGCUCCUCUCAUUCGCUCCUCUCAUGCGCUCCUCUCAUUCGCUCCUCUCAUGCGCUCCUCUCAUUCGCUCCUCUCAUGCGCUCCUCUCAUUCGCUCCUCUCAUGCGCUCCUCUCAUUCGCUCCUCUCAUGCGCUCCUCUCAUUCGCUCCUCUCAUGCGCUCCUCUCAUUCGCUCCUCUCAUGCGCUCCUCUCAUUCGCUCCUCUCAUGCGCUCCUCUCAUUCGCUCCUCUCAUUCGCUCCUCUCAUUCGCUCCUCUCAUGCGCUCCUCUCAUUCGCUCCUCUCAUUCGCUCCUCUCAUUCGCUCCUCUCAUUCGCUCCUCUCAUGCGCUCCUCUCAUUCGCUCCUCUCAUUCGCUCCUCUCAUUCGCUCCUCUCAUGCGCUCCUCUCAUUCGCUCCUCUCAUGCGCUCCUCUCAUUCGCUCCUCUCAUGCGCUCCUCUCAUUCGCUCCUCUCAUUCGCUCCUCUCAUUCGCUCCUCUCAUUCGCUCCUCUCAUGCGCUCCUCUCAUUCGCUCCUCUCAUGCGCUCGUCUCAUUCGCUCCUCUCAUGCGCUCCUCUCAUUCGCUCCUCUCAUUCGCUCCUCUCAUUCGCUCCUCUCAUGCGCUCCUCUCAUUCGCUCCUCUCAUGCGCUCCUCUCAUUCGCUCCUCUCAUGCGCUCCUCUCAUUCACUCCUCUCAUGCGCUCCUCUCAUUCGCUCCUCUCAUGCGCUCCUCUCAUUCGCUCCUCUCAUGCGCUCCUCUCAUUCGCUCCUCUCAUGCGCUCCUCUCAUUCGCUCCUCUCAUGCGCUCCUCUCAUUCGCUCAUCUCAUGCGCUCCUCUCAUUCGCUCCACUCAUGCGCUCCUCUCAUUCGCUCCUCUCAUGCGCUCGUCACAUUCGCUCCUCUCAUGCGCUCCUCUCAUUCGCUCCUCUCAUGCGCUCCUCUCAUUCGCUCCUCUCAUGCGCUCCUCUCAUUCGCUCCUCUCAUGCGCUCCUCUCAUUCGCUCCUCUCAUGCGCUCCUCUCAUUCGCUCCUCUCAUGCGCUCCUCUCAUUCGCUCCUCUCAUGCACUCCUCUCAUUCGCUCCUCUCAUUCGCUCCUCUCAUUCGCUCCUCUCAUUCGCUCCUCUCAUUCGCUCCUCUCAUGCGCUCCUCUCAUUCGCUCCUCUCAUGCGCUCCUCUCAUUCGCUCCUCUCAUGCGCUCCUCUCAUUCGCUCCUCUCAUGCGCUCCUCUCAUUCGCUCCUCUCAUGCGCUCCUCUCAUGCGCUCCUCUCAUGCGCUCCUCUCAUGCGCUCCUCUCAUGCGCUCCUCUCAUGCGCUCCUCUCAUUCGCCCCUCUCAUGCGCUCCUCUCAUUCGCUCCUCUCAUGCGCUCCUCUCAUGCGCUCCUCUCAUUCGCUCCUCUCAUGCUCUCCUCUCAUUCGCUCCUCUCAUUCGCUCCUCUCAUUCGCUCCUCUCAUGCGCUCCUCUCAUUCGCUCCUCUCAUGCGCUCCUCUCAUUCGCUCCUCUCAUGCGCUCCUCUCAUUCGCUCCUCUCAUGCGCUCCUCUCAUUCGCUCCUCUCAUUCGCUCCUGUCAUUCGCUCCUCUCAUGCGCUCCUCUCAUUCGCUCCUCUCAUGCGCUCCUCUCAUUCGCUCCUCUCAUUCGCUCCUCUCAUGCGCUCCUCUCAUUCGCUCCUCUCAUGCGCUCCUCUCAUUCGCUCCUCUCAUGCGCUCCUCUCAUUCGCUCCUCUCAUUCGCUCCUCUCAUUCGCUCCUCUCAUGCGCUCCUCUCAUUCGCUCCUCUCAUGCGCUCCUCUCAUUCGCUCCUCUCAUGCGCUCCUCUCAUUCGCUCCUCUCAUGCGCUCCUCUCAUUCGCUCCUCUCAUGCGCUCCUCUCAUUCGCUCCUCUCAUGCGCUCCUCUCAUUCGCUCCUCUCAUGCGCUCCUCUCAUUCGCUCCUCUCAUGCGCUCCUCUCAUUCGCUCCUCUCAUGCGCUCCUCUCAUUCGCUCCUCUCAUUCGCUCCUCUCAUUCGCUCCUCUCAUUCGCUCCUCUCAUGCGCUCCUCUCAUUCGCUCCUCUCAUUCGCUCCUCUCAUGCGCUCCUCUCAUUCGCUCCUCUCAUUCGCUCCUCUCAUUCGCUCCUCUCAUGCGCUCCUCUCAUUCGCUCCUCUCAUGCGCUCCUCUCAUUCGCUCCUCUCAUGCGCUCCUCUCAUUCGCUCCUCUCAUGCGCUCCUCUCAUUCGCUCCUCUCAUUCGCUCCUCUCAUUCGCUCCUCUCAUGCGCUCCUCUCAUUCGCUCCUCUCAUGCGCUCCUCUCAUUCGCUCCUCUCAUUCGCUCCUCUCAUUCGCUCCUCUCAUGCGCUCCUCUCAUUCGCUCCUCUCAUGCGCUCCUCUCAUUCGCUCCUCUCAUGCGCUCCUCUCAUUCGCUCCUCUCAUUCGCUCCUCUCAUUCGCUCCUCUCAUGCGCUCCUCUCAUUCGCUCCUCUCAUGCGCUCCUCUCAUUCGCUCCUCUCAUGCGCUCCUCUCAUUCGCUCCUCUCAUGCGCUCCUCUCAUUCGCUCCUCUCAUGCGCUCCUCUCAUUCGCUCCUCUCAUGCGCUCCUCUCAUUCGCUCCUCUCAUGCGCUCCUCUCAUUCGCUCCUCUCAUGCGCUCCUCUCAUUCGCUCCUCUCAUGCGCUCCUCUCAUUCGCUCCUCUCAUUCGCUCCUCUCAUUCGCUCCUCUCAUUCGCUCCUCUCAUUCGCUCCUCUCAUGCGCUCCUCUCAUUCGCUCCUCUCAUGCGCUCCUCUCAUUCGCUCCUCUCAUGCGCUCCUCUCAUUCGCUCCUCUCAUUCGCUCCUCUCAUUCGCUCCUCUGAUUCGCUCCUCUCAUGCGCUCCUCUCAUUCGCUCCUCUCAUUCGCUCCUCUCAUUCGCUCCUCUCAUUCGCUCCUCUCAUUCGCUCCUCUCAUUCGCUCCUCUCAUGCGCUCCUCUCAUUCGCUCCUCUCAUUCGCUCCUCUCAUUCGCUCCUCUCAUUCGCUCCUCUCAUUCGCUCCUCUCAUUCGCUCCUCUCAUGCGCUCCUCUCAUUCGCUCCUCUCAUUCGCUCCUCUCAUUCGCUCCUCUCAUGCGCUCCUCUCAUUCGCUCCUCUCAUGCGCUCCUCUCAUUCGCUCCUCUGAUUCGCUCCUCUCAUGCGCUCCUCUCAUUCGCUCCUCUCAUGCGCUCCUCUCAUUCGCUCCUCCCAUGCGCUCCUCUCAUUCGCUCCUCUCAUGCGCUCCUCACAUUCGCUCCUCUCAUGCGCUCCUCUCAUUCGCUCCUCUCAUGCGCUCCUCUCAUUCGCUCCUCUCAUGCGCUCCUCUCAUUCGCUCCUCUCAUGCGCUCCUCUCAUUCGCUCCUCUCAUGCGCUCCUCUCAUUCGCUCCUCUCAUGCGCUCCUCUCAUUCGCUCCUCUCAUGCGCUCCUCUCAUUCGCUCCUCUCAUGCGCUCCUCUCAUUCGCUCCUCUCAUUCGCUCCUCUCAUUCGCUCCUCUCAUGCGCUCCUCUCAUUCGCUCCUCUCAUUCGCUCCUCUCAUUCGCUCCUCUCAUGCGCUCCUCUCAUUCGCUCCUCUCAUGCGCUCCUCUCAUUCGCUCCUCUGA